UCCAUAGCAUUUCGGUUGCAUCGUCUCGCGGGUGGACGUUGUCUUCGUUUUCUUCGCUAAGAGGGCGACCAGCAUCAAUUUAUUUAUGUAAAGCUUUCUCUGAAACCUCAGAAACUCGUUAAUUAUGAUUCGCAGGCCAAAGUCAAGUAUUUGUUUGCAAGACACCUCCGUCAAAAUGCAGCUCUUCUCUUUCGUCCGCUUAGCAAACAUCUGUGUACUGCGUCGAAAUUGACUUGCACCAUAGGCAAAUUCGUACUCGAAUACACCAAUUAUUAAAUGGUGAUAUAUUUCUGGGCAAGUCUCGUUACGGCAUUGACGUAGCCAUGUCGAAAAUGCAGAAUUGUUUCGCUGACAUAUGCAAGUUCACGCGAGCAAAGUUGAGGAAGGUGGACACGCAUGUGAAGUCGUUGAGCGGCCAACGCUGGGUGGAGAGGAAAGACGCCGAGGGUUGGUUUCGUAGCAUGUUCCCCAGCGACCCCAUAGGGGCCAGCGACGCUGCGGGAUUCGUGUUCGACUUCACCCCGGACCUUCAGGUGGCGGAGGUGAUCCCAGGCCUUUACGUAGGCUCUCAAGACGUGGCUGCCGACAAGAAUCUCCUCGUCUCCCGCGGAAUAACCCACGUGGUCAACGCGGCAACGUUCAUCCCAAACUUUCACGAACCGGACCUAGUGUACAAGCGGUUCGAGGUGUUGGACCUGCCGGACUCUAACCUGCAUCCUCUGUUCGAACCCUGCUGCGACUUCAUCGACGAAGCGCUCAGUGGCGGGGGAGGCGUCCUGGUACACUGCAAUGCCGGCGUCUCUCGGUCCGUGUCGUUGGUCGUCGCGUACCUGAUGCUUCGUAAAGGAAUGCGCUUUGCAAACGCCUUGGCUCGAGUCCAGGAAGUAAGACCUGUGGCAAGGCCCAACGACGGCUUCCGUGCACAGCUCAUGGAACUGGACAACAGGCUGUACGGUGAUUAGCUGACAGCGCUUUAGUGUGGAUAAUAAAGACGUGACCAAAUUCGAUAA